AUGCGGCUUAUUGUGACGUACAAUGGCCGCGCCAUCGACGUUAAACAGUCCCUCUCGCAAUUUCCUAUUUACGAACAUCUACUUGAUUGCAUUUCGCUUGCUACAGGUAUCUUGUAUGAUGCCUUGAUAUGUAUCACCAAAGACGGUCUGCAGAUUGACCAGCAAGUGUUGGACCAGCUUUUAUGCCAAGAUCAAGAUGCCGACACAGAGAUUUUUAUUUUUGACCGGGAUCUACUUACAUCAGACACGGAUAGUAUGGUACAAAUGCUGGCCGUGUCCAUAGAAAAUACACCCAUGACGGAACCACCUAUGAUGCUCAUGGGAUCAACUACUCCGCCUCGGUUGUGGGACGCGUUUAAGAGCUGGUGUCAUGAGUUACAGCAGCAUAUUCGAGCAACAUAUGCAGAAGCCGAAUCAUUGUAUGAGAAUAUUGAGCUUAUCCAUCGAAGCACGCUUGUUGCCUUGGCCCAUGUAAGAUUACACGCUAGCAACAUCAAAUCGGCUGCUGAAAAGCUCGCUUCCAUUGCACUUAGAGACUUUGCUUGGAUGGAAGAGCUCUUGGUACGGAAUGAGAAAGAUAUGGCUAUUCUUCGUCGGGUCCCUGUUCAUCCCCAGCUGCUUACGUCCAAGUCAGCCAGCACGACUACUGAAUCCACCUCAUCAAGCGUUGUUCGGUCAACGCUGAGCGACUUGUUCGAUACUGAACGUGUUCGCCAAUCAGCCCAAUCUUGUGAACAUACGUUUGAGCGCCUUCGCAAAUCUUAUACCCAAAUCACACAGACUGAGGCACAAUUAAACCAAGACCUGCACGAACUAGCUGCAGAAAUCGAACAAACAGAAAUUGAGCCGUCCAACAAGACCUUCCAACAUAUGAAAAAGUUACAGCGAGAAUUGCAAGAUGAUUGCGAUGCUUUUGUAAUUGAGAAUGAAAAAGCAGGUUUUCGAAAACCCGCUGAAUGGCUUCAAAUCCAUCACCGAGCAGAAGUACUGCGCGGUCAAGGAGCAGCUGUGCUCUCGACACUUGACUGCCUCGCUCAAGAUCGGAACGAGCUCAUGCAAUGGCACAUGAAUUUAGUGCAGGACAUUAGCAGUCUCCAAAGUGAUUUCUCAGAACUAGGCGAACUUAUGGCUGACACAGAUACGGCUUUGGAGGCUUGUGUGCAAAACGAUUUCAAGGUACUCAAUCAAGUGCACACCAUAUACGGUGCGUAUGGAGCGACCCUCGUUGAGGCUGUGCGACGUUCCGAGUUCACACAAAUGUAUCUUAACAAGGCACAGCGAAUUGCUGAACUGAUGGCCAAGGUCUCGGAAAAAGAGACACUUCGUCGCAAAAGACAUACGCAGAUCAUUAGUGAUGCGUUUCCGCACAAUGCCAUCAGUAUCGAGACACCUCUGCCUCUCUUCGAUAUAACCACACGACGACAUGAUGCAGCCCCAACCAUUACACGCCGCGACGAGGCCGAUUUUCGUGCCCAUCUAAAGGCCCUAGAUUCCGAGGCACGAGAGGCCCAUCUACAUCCAGCCCUCGAAGCCGCCGUAUUGGCCUAUAUGGCACCUUUGGAUCUCGAGCCCGGCGAUUGCGAUGCGUCCUUUGCCGCGAUGGCUCGUCAUGAGUUGGGUCUCGAAGAAGCACUGUCAUAUGACGCUGGCGAUGAUGAUGACGAGGAAGACGAGGACGACGAUGAUGAGAGUAUCAAAUACCGUCCUACCUAG